AGGAGGGGGUAAGUUAAGGAAAUGUACCUCUCUGGUUGUCCUGGCAUCCGACAUUUCUUUUCAGAUUUUUUUUUUGUUUCACUGGUAUAAGCUCGUCAACGUUGAUGUAGAUACUUGCUGAAAGUCGCCUUUCUUCAAGAUAUGUAAUGAAAAACAGCUCGCCUAAAUCAGGGGAAGCCCAGCCAGUUGCCAUGAGCAGUGAGCUGAAUGUACCAAUGGGCUCCCCAGCUCCAGGUGCCUCGGAAAGACUUCAGGAUGGUGGGGGAAUGGAUUAUCGAGACUGGGUCCGCCGCAGCUAUCUUGAGCUGGUCACAUCAAAUCAUCACUCCGUCCAAGCAUUGUCUUGGAGGAAGCUCUAUCUGAGCAGGGCCAAGCUGAAAGCCUCAAGUCGCACUUCUGCAUUGCUGUCUGGUUUUGCCAUGGUGGCCAUGGUUGAGGUGCAGCUUGAGAUGCAGUACAGUUACCCACGUUUCCUGCUGAUCGCCUUCAGCGUGUGCACCACCGUGCUGGUGGCCGUCCACCUCUUCGCCCUGCUCAUCAGCACCUGCAUCCUGCCCAACGUGGAGGCGGUCAGCAACAUCCACAACCUCAACUCGGUGAGCGAGUCCCCGCACGAGCGCAUGCACCACUACAUCGAGCUGGCCUGGGGCUUCUCCACGGCCCUGGGCAUCCUGCUCUUCCUGGCCGAGGUGGUGCUGCUGUGCUGGAUCAAGUUCCUGCCCGUGGACGCCAAGCUGCCAAGCUGCAAGGACGGCUGCGCCACCCAGGGGCCGCCGAAAGACGGCGCCGUGAACAUCGGCUGGGAGGCGGCGCUGGCCUCCACCAUCAUCAUGGUGCCCGUGGGCUUCAUCUUCGUCAUCUUCACCAUCCACUUCUACCGCUCGCUGGUGCGCCACAAGACCGACCGUCACAACAAGGAGAUCGAGGAGCUGCACAAGAUCAAAGUGCAGCUGGACGGCCAAGAGAGAGGCCUGCAGGCGGUCUGAGGUCAGGGCUCUGUGUGAUUGGCCUCUUCUGUGUCCUAGGUCAUUUCCUGUUCUGUAUCCUCCGCCUUCUCUAGCGCGUCCUCCAGCACCUCCGUCUGCCUUCCCUACACCUGUGCCGGUUCAACUAAUCCUCACUAUGCCUGCAGUAUGUUCUCUUGAAUGCACUGCGCUCUGUUACGUUCCGUGGAACCGUGCCGUGCAUCCACAUGAGCUUACCCAUGCUACUUGUGUGAGGUCUUGGAGGAUAUAUAUUUUUAACUUAAUUUGAUGGACGUUUACAGUUUACAUCAAGGGCUAUUUGACCUUUCUUUCAGGUUCUGAUAUAUUUUCUGCAAUUUUCUUGUGCCAUCGCUCACUCAGCCUUUUGCAGUCUAUUUCAAAGCCUUCAGUUGUUUAUCAUUCUAAUGAUCACCCCUUGAUGGUAUUUCGCCUCAUAAACCCAAAUUCAGGGUUUGCGCUUUAGUAGAUAGUGCUUAAUACUGUAGUGUUAUGCUUCAUUCACUGGUGAGGUAGCGCUUCCAUUUUGAUAUCCAGGAAGUGUUACAGGAGGAGAAAAAAGAUUAUGGAAAUUCCUAAUUGUGCUCAUCUGAUGACCGAAGCAGUGUUUGAGAGCACUGCCAAGCAAUAUGCAAAUGAAUCCUGUUGUUUAAGCAGGCAUAUAAUAAGCUAAUUCAAUUCAUUUGUCGAAAGGUCAAUAGUGGUAGUGCCCAUUUACUUGUUCGAUCUUGUGUGGUCCCAUCCUUGGCAAAUGCGGUGUUUGUCUCAGUUUUAAUGUCAAAUUGUGCUAAUCAAUUAUAUCCAGCUAGCUAUAUACUCGUUUUCCUAUGACUAUACUUUCCCCAAAUGCUCUGUUCCCUCAUAUGGAAUGCCAAAUGCCACCCUGUGAGCACCACUUAAAAUGGCAGCAAGAGAGAACUAAUAAUAUCCAGGAACCUUCCUUUCUUGGAUGGGCCUACCACAUUUUUGCACACAUUUAAUGUUUAUAUCUUUUCAAAUGGAUGUUACAUAGUCUGUCACAGCAUCGGAUUACAUGGUUUUUUAGAUCUAUAUCUGUUUUUGCUUUAUGUGUCUUCAAGCACAAACUUCUAGAAUGUUUCAUCAGGGUUUCUUUCAACGUUUUGUUUUUGUGGUUGUUGUUGCCCAGUGAAUGUUGGAGGAGUAUGAAUAGUUGCAUUGGAAUUGCUUUUACAAGAAGAGACUCAGAAUAAUAACUAGGGUCAAAUGUGCUUUGCACCGUGACUUUUUAUGGAAGUCUGUGUACUGUGGAUGAUAAUACAAUAAGGGAAUGCCCAGGAGAUGCAAAUUAAUUGCGGUUAAAAAAACAGUCGGUUUGUUCUAUUUACAUUAUGAUAAUAGAUGAUGUUUGGGUACGGCUGAGAGAAGUUUGCCUCUGCCAGGUCAUGUAAAUAGGCUAAAACUGCUAAAUCUUAUUAAUGUGGCCGAGGGAAAGGAAUCUAAGAGCAAGAUGUGGGGAAGACAUUCCAAAAUUAUUUGACCAGCCAUUUGCCUACCUUAUAUGACUACGGUGAAAAAAUGCACAAGUGCACUUGUAGAGCAGUUGGGCAUAAACUGUGUCCCAGUGUGUUGCCUCAUGAAUAAUAUUGUAAGAAUGUAAAAAAAAAAGAUUAAAAAAAAAGAAAUAACCAAAAUUAGCUAAUUGGAAAGAUGCAGAGCAAUUUCUAUAGUGGGUUAACUCUCUAUGCCUGUGAUGAAAUCAUUUCAGCUCUUUAACCACAUGGUGCAUUUGUGCCCUCAAAGUGCCAAUAAGGUGACUGACCAAAUGAAAGGUAAUUUACUGUGCUCAUGGAGGACCUAACUUGCACUUUUCUCUCUUGAGGAAAAAUACUCGUCAGUUUUACUAUGCUGUAACGUAAGGCCUUUUGUUUUCAACAUUGAAUGCAACAUCAGAAAGCCGUACGUUUGCUCUGUGUAGGCUUACUGUGUACUGAGCAGUGUAUUGGUCAACCUAAUAUUGAAUUGUGAUACCGCAUGCCUUUUCCUGUAUUGUCUAUUGCUGUCUGUUAAGUUAUGUUCAAUAAACACUGUAUUUUGUUUAUUUUCA